AUGGGUAAACAUCAAGAUCGUCGUCUUACUUUCUGGCAGAACUUCAUUGCCGGAGGUAUUGCUGGAGUCGGUUCUCGUACAUUCACCUCCCCUCUCGAUGUGGUCAAGAUUAUUUGCCAGGUCGGUUCGAAGCAGCACACUGGUUUCAUUGGAACCUUCAAGAACGUGUACAGCCAGGAGGGUCUGAAGGGAUUCUGGAAGGGUAAUGGUGUUGCCUGUGUGAGACUGUUCCCCUACUCUGCUAUCAACUUCGCUGUGUUCAACGAGUUGAAGAAGGUGUGGACCGAUCCCGAGACUGGAAGAAUGUCGAACUUCCUUUCCCUGUCUGCCGGAGCUAUUGCCGGAGUGGUCGCUACGGUGGCUGUGUAUCCUCUGGAUAUGAUCAAGACCCGUUUGACUGUGCAGGUCAAUGGCCAGAACAAGUACAACGGAAUCAUUGAUGCCUUCCGUGUGAUCAUUAAGGAGGAGGGAGUGAUGGCUCUGUACAAGGGUAUUACCGCUUCCAUUCUUGGUGUGAUUCCUUUCGGAGGUCUUCAGUUCAUGUCCUACGAAAUUCUGGCUUACGUCUGGGGCAAGCCUCGUUCUGAGUUGAAGGGAUGGGAGAACUUCGUGAACGGUUGCUUGGCUGGAUCCAUUGCUCAGACUGUGUCCUUCCCGUUCGAUACCAUCCGUAAGAAGAUGCAGGCUCAGAACAAGAAGGCUCUGACUUCGGAUGUGGAUGUGGAGUUCAACGGUCUGUGGGAUUGCAUCUGCCAGACUGUCAAGAGAAACGGUGUCCUGGGUCUCUGGAGAGGUACUCUCGCCAACCUGGCCAAGGUCGCUCCUUACGCUGGUCUGAUGUUCUUCUUCAACGAGAUCUGCAAGAACUUCUACUACUACCGCAACGGUUACACCACCAGCAUGUGGAAGCCCACUCCUAAGGAAGGAAUUGAUCAGUCCUGGUCUGUGCAGGAGAUCAAGGCCUACUAUGCUGAGCAGAAGAAGAAGGAGCAGAAGAAGGACGAAUAAAGGAACUCAUGUAGUAGUACUUGGUGAGCACUAUACUUUGAUUGAAGUAUGGAGUAUCGUUUU